UGCGGGGCGCGAGAAUUGUUUUUGUUGGGGAGGAGGCCUGCGCCCCUCCUCUCCCCUGCAUCUCCUAGAUAUGCCACUGCCCCAUGAGGGAGAACAACACAACUCGUCAGGGAGAAAAUUACAGAUGUGAGAAUCUUCAAUUAUAAGCCUCUAAUUGCUAUGGCAGCAACCGGGAAAAAAGUCCUUCGUAUCUCAAUAAACAAAAUGGAUAAAAAAAAUAAUUUAAAAAAAAAACAAAAAAAAAACAAAAAAAAACAUUUAUUACCAUUGGGCAUGAUGUUACUUUUUCCGGGGCUAAUAUAAAAAAAUAUCAAAGGUCUAUUUGUGGUCGUGAGCACACAAUAGAAAUGAGGUGUGUAGUACCAGUCACCAGUAAUCAAUAACAACGGGAAUUCCCUAUAAAUAUAUAUAUAGCAAAGGUUGACUUCGACCAUGGUCAAAGUGUAGAGUUGAUUAUAUUUACAUAUAUACACUGUAGUCAACAUUUUACCGUAGUCUUUCCCUUAAUAUUAAAAACAGAAAUAGAACUUCGGUUGCAUAGCAUAUACCGUCAGUAUUGUAAUUUUUUUCUUGAAUUCUUGAGUCUUGGAUGACAUUAACUUUUUUUUCAGUGUUUACUCUCGAAAAUGAAACCUGAAACAUACGUAAUACAACUCAUAAUUGCCUUCAACGCUUUUGUCAAUGCGGCUCAAAAUGCACUCUCCAACACUUGGGAAGGUUGCACCAACGAAUGUCAAAUGGACAUUAAAAUGUUCUGUCGACAGGAUAUAGGAGUGUGUAUGCCCUGCGACGCGAUAUGUGGCGGUGGUUAUUCGUAUAAUAGCCAAUGUGAAGCUUCUUGUAAAGGUUAUAUGUCAAUGCCAGUUGUGAAAAAUAUAUGGGAAGGAUGCAGUUACUUCUGCCGAUACGACCUCAACUAUUUCUGUGAUGUAUCAACGGACACUUGUAUUGAAUGUAAACAUAUUUGCAACGUUACGGCAAAAUAUUACAACCGGCAGCAGUGCUCCAGCAAAUGCGCUGGUUAUCUUGAAGUUCAAAAGACGACACAGAUACAGACCACUACUGUGACGCAAGCAGUUAGCGCUCCACCUUCUGUGUCACGAAGGACACGUUACACUGUUCCUGAUAACACCAACCCCGAUGGACAAGUUGUAGGCCUAGCGGUAGGGCUAUCCAUCGCUUGUUUCAUUUUUAUCAUGAUACUAAUUUACUGCUUAAAAGGAAAGUGCAAAAGAAACCGAAAAACUGGUGAUCAGGUUCGACAUAUAGAAAACGGACGUCCGACCGAAGUGCGCAUGAAUGAAGGAGGUGUUAAAGUAUGCCUAGUGAAUCCGGAAUAUGUCGUUGAGCCUGCUGAAGUGGCUGUUAGCUCGACUCUCCCCUAUCCUCACGAGGAGACCCAUGAUUCCUCUCCAGAAUGUGGCAUCACCCUGAAUAAAGAGUCCUCGGAACUUCAUGAAGCAGGUGGGGCCUUUAGGCCUUUGUGAAAAGAUAUGAUUAAUUAUAAUCAGCAAGCAAUAGGAAUAAUAGACCUAAG